AUGCAGACUGUGAAGUACAUAUUGCAGGAGAUCGGAGUAAAAGUGAAUGCCAGGGACGCAAAUGGAAAAUCAGCGUUAGACGUCUUACGCGGACUUGGCAAUAUCAAUUCGGAAAUUGCACGAUGUCUCAAAGUUGCUGCCGCCAAGACAAGCGACUUUUCUACAGGAUUACAGGAUUUAGUACGCGAGCAUCGUAGUUGGAUACAGGUGGCAUGCUCAAUUAUUGCGACAAUGGCUUUUCAGGCUGCAAUAAGCCCUCCAGGAGGAGCUUGGCAAGACGACCUAAUAGCAGAUUCACAUGGUAAUCCAGUGCCAAAUCCACGCAGAGCAGGAGAAGCUGUAAUGGCACACACUCGUCCCCAGACAUAUGACCUUUUCGUUGUCACAUCCACAACGGCCUUUGUGGCAGCUCUGUUGACAAUCUUCAUCACCAUCUGUGAGUUUACUGGAUGGCUGGCUCUGUUUCUGCUGUCGUUUCUCCUCCACUUAGCAAUUCUCACACUAGCGGCUGCUUAUUACAUAUCAAUCCUUAUGCUAUACCCUAAAGGCUUCAAAAUAAGACGAAGCCCGGAUUGGACGGAAAUCAUACUUGUCUAUGGUGUUUGGGCUGUUAGUGGGAUACUGGUUAUCGCAGUUGUUCGGAAGAGGCUCAAGAAGGAAACCGCAGUACAGCUUAAUUAUGCAGAGAUGCCCCCGGCAAUCCUUAGUAGUAGUUGA